AUGGCCUCUGCCGUUCAGUCGUCUGAGCUCCAGAGCGUUGUUGCUUUGAUAAAGACACUCACGAAUGCACAGCUUAAAGAUAUCUUGAGGAGUGAGGGGCUCGCUGUUUCUGGUGUUAAAGCUUCGCUACAACUCCGGAUAAUAGACUAUAUUGAGCGACUCAACCAAGGAGGACAUACUGAGCGUUAUGAUAGUCUGAGGAGAUUCAUUUAUGCUACAGCGCAUCGCGCGAUGCCUGGGCCAUCAACAACACAACAUCUCCCAAGUCAACCAUAUCACGCAUCACCUAUUACCCAGUCAAUACAAACACAGCAUAGACCAACGCCUUUGACCAUACCGAUGUCAUCGCAUGGAUUCACACCUGGCCGCAUUACUUUCAAAGACAGCCCGUUCUACACAAUCUUGGAGCAGCUUACUCCUACUGUAGAAUGCAAAAUACGCGAGCAAACCAGAGACAAUGUCGAGCUGAAAGUCGUCCUCACCCCAACUGUAGCUUCAAGAUUGCAAGCUGAUCCCAAUCUUCGGGUAAUGGUUUAUUGCGCAGCGGACAGUGGCCUCAAUCAAUACACCAAGUCCGAUAUUGCUUUCCCUCACCAAGUCGAGCUCAAAGCGAAUUUGGACGAAGUCAAGGCUAAUCUGAAAGGCCUCAAGAAUAAGCCUGGUACAACAAGGCCCGCGGAUGUGACGAAUUAUAUCCGCAAAAAGCCCGGGUAUCCCAAUCAUAUCGUUAUGACUUAUGCGCUUACGCAAAAGAGAUUUUUCGUUCUUGUGAACCUAGUCCAGCGCCAUCCAAUUGAUGACCUUGUCUUGGAAUUGAAGAGGAGGAAAACGAUCACAAAAGAGCAAGUAUUACGAGAAAUGAAGAAUAGAGCGGAGGAUUCUGACAUCGUUGCCACCUCCACUGUCAUGUCCUUGAAAUGUCCUCUUUCCACGCUGCGGAUCGAGGUCCCCUGUCGCACUGUCGUCUGCACGCAUAACCAGUGUUUUGAUGCAUCGUCGUUCUUACAGUUGCAGGAACAAGCACCUACAUGGUCGUGUCCGGUUUGUUCCAAGGCCACCAGCUAUGAAUCAUUGCAAGUUGAUCAAUAUGUUGAUGAUAUACUUCAUUCCACAUCGCCGGAUGUGGAACAGGUCAUUAUUGAACCGGACGGGAAGUGGUCGAGUCCAAAGGAAGACGAGUUCAAAGGCGCUGGGGGUGUCACUCCGGCGACAGAGGACGAGGACGAGCUGAUCGAGAUUAAAGAACCUGGAAUUGUGCAUGUGAAGCAGGAGUCACUCUCAGCAUCUGGCCUCUCCCUAGAGAGGACACCGGCUCAAUCCCGGGAGCCGUCAGCGACAUCAUCUGCAGUUCGUCUGUCCACUAACAAACGCCCGGCAGCCCAAGUGAUCGAUCUGACUGGUAGUGAUGAUGAUGGCGAUCUUUCUCCAGUCAGACCAGCUAAGCGACUGGCAUCAAAUGCUCCCCAUCGGGCUUAUGCUCGACCAGCAUUUCGUAACUCGUUUAGCAGCGGCCUUGUAAACGGAGGAAAUUUCUCCUUUACGAACCAGAUUAAUUCGGAGUCCCCUAGACAUAUUGGUGGUUUUGAUGCGUGA